GCCGGGCGGGUGCGGGCCUCCGAGCGGCGGCGGCGGCGACGGCGACGGCGGACGCGGUCUGAGGGGAGCUGCGGACUGUCCGCGUGGGGCGUGGGGCGGCGCCUAGGCCCGGCUCGUGCUCGCCGGUGGGCGCGUCCAUGGCCCCCAGGCCCCGGCGGGGCGCGGCCGCGGCCUGAGGGGCCAUGUCCGGGGUUGUGCGGACCCUCAGCCGCUGCCUGCUGCCGGCCGAGGCCGGCGGGGCCCGCGAGCGCAGGGCGGGCGGGGCGCGCGACGCGGAGCGCGAGGCCCGAAGGCGCAGCCGCGACAUCGACGCGCUGCUGGCCCGCGAGCGGCGUGCUGUGCGGCGGCUGGUCAAGAUCCUGCUGCUGGGCGCGGGCGAAAGCGGCAAGUCCACGUUCCUCAAGCAGAUGCGCAUCAUCCACGGCCGCGAGUUCGACCAGAAGGCGCUGCUCGAGUUCCGCGACACCAUUUUCGACAACAUCCUCAAGGGCUCAAGGGUUCUUGUCGAUGCACGAGACAAGCUUGGUAUUCCUUGGCAGUAUUCUGAAAAUGAAAAGCAUGGGAUGUUCUUGAUGGCCUUUGAGAACAAGGCAGGGCUGCCUGUGGAGCCUGCCACCUUUCAGCUGUACGUCCCUGCUCUGAGUGCACUCUGGAGGGAUUCUGGCAUCAGGGAAGCUUUCAGCCGGAGGAGCGAGUUCCAACUGGGUGAAUCUGUGAAAUAUUUCUUGGAUAACUUGGACCGGAUCGGUCAGCUGAAUUACUUUCCUAGUAAACAAGACAUCCUGCUUGCUAGGAAAGCCACCAAGGGGAUUGUGGAACAUGACUUCGUCAUUAAAAAAAUCCCUUUCAAGAUGGUGGAUGUGGGUGGCCAGCGGUCUCAGCGCCAAAAGUGGUUCCAGUGCUUUGAUGGGAUCACAUCUAUCCUAUUCAUGGUGUCCUCCAGUGAGUAUGACCAGGUCCUCAUGGAGGACAGGCGCACCAACCGGCUGGUGGAGUCGAUGAACAUCUUUGAGACAAUAGUCAACAACAAGCUCUUCUUCAACGUCUCUAUAAUCCUAUUCCUCAACAAGACAGACCUCUUGGUGGAGAAGGUGAAGACGGUCAGCAUCCAGAAGCACUUCUCAGAUUUCAGAGGCGACCCACACAGGCUGGAAGAUGUCCAGCGCUACUUGGUCCAAUGUUUCGACAGGAAGAGACGGAAUCGCAGUAAGCCACUCUUCCACCACUUCACUACCGCCAUAGACACUGAGAACAUCCGCUUCGUGUUUCAUGCUGUGAAGGACACAAUCCUGCAAGAGAACCUGAAAGAUAUCAUGUUGCAGUGAAGGGAAGGCCUCUCUUGCUAUCAUCCCUGAACAGCCUGCAUGGCUGUUGGUCAGAUCACUUUGGUGUGUGUCAUCCAUACGGUUCUGGAGUGGGUUUCUCAGAUCGCUGCCAUCACAUGCCUGGCUCAAGAAUGCUGUCAAACCAGCCAGGCUGACAAGCUCCAGGCAGACAGACACGGAAACUUUGAUGUUAGCUACUGAAUCCUGGGGACGAGUGAAACUACUGAAAAUCCAAGUGAUCGCUUUGGUGUUAAUGUGUAAUACCUAAUAACACAGCUUUUUUCCUUUUACAGAAAUGUAAUUCUUUCUGACACAAUUCAGUUGAAGAGUGUGUGUGUCCGCACACAAAUGCUCUCUCUUUAAUGACAGAAACACAAAAACCAGCGAGCCUUGCAGAUGGCUUUUCUAACUUGCAGUUCUUCACUGCGACAAACUAACCUGAAAGCUUUGCUUAAUUGUAGCUUGUGAGAUCAAAUGCACGCUGAUGCUGCUAAACUCAGAGUGCCCGGGCCUGGCCCUACAUCCCCAGCCACAGUGUCUGAAUGCCAACUCCCAAAGAGAACACAUUGCCUUUUAAAACUCUUGUGCCAAUUUCCUAAGAGACUGUAGCCCAAGCCUAUUAGAUUGAGCUGCGGAACUAUGCCAAGGAUGCCUUCCCAUCAUUGAAGACAGGAUUGGGAGUUUUGCAGGACUGAACUGGCUUUAAUGCCCCUCUAGUAUGCUCGGCUUCUCCUGCCUUGCCAGAUUGCACAGCAGCACAGCGUGGAGUGAAGUGGAGAUAGGGACACUGACAGCGAAUGUUACUCUAUCUGUAUACACACAGUGGUGCUUUUCAUUUCUUAACUCCCUCCCAUUCCCCCUACCCAGUGGCAAAGACACACAAACGAAGUAGCAAGUAGCCUUGCAGAUGGCUUUGCUAUCUUCCUUGCAAGUCAUCUUCUGACACCUCAGUUGGCAGCAUGUGGCUUUCCCUCCUUUUGGAAAUAGUGGAGUGUUUCAUCUUCUUCUGAGGCUUCUGAAAGCUGGCAAGACUACUAGCAAAGCUUUUGUUAACAGUACAGCUGCUUGGCGAGUUUCUAACAGCUGACCUUUUUGAAAGCCCACAAACUGGAGAAAUCUGAGUUUCUCCAAACUGCCACUACACCAGUGCCUUUGGACAGCCAGUCCCUAUCCUCAGCUCCCUUUUAAGUCUGAUUCUUUUUUUUUUUUCAGAGACAGUUUCACAUUGUCAUCCUUGGUAGAGUGCUGUGGCAUCACAGCUCACAGCAACCUCCAGCUCUUGGGCUUAGGCAAUUCUCUUGCCUCAGCCUCCCGAGUAGCUGGGACUAUAGGCACCUGCUACAAUGUCCAGCUAUUUUUGUUGUUGUUGUUGUUAUUGUUGCAGUUUGGCUGGGGCCUGGUUCAAACCUGCCACCCUUGGUAUAUGGGGCCGGCACCCUACUCACUGAGCCACAGGCAUUACCCCCUAAGUCUGAUUCUUAUCCAUGUCUCUUGCUUCUAUUACUGUUUACACAGAAAAGUAAACACUAGCAGAUACACCUGGGGGGAGGAACCCUCAGAAGCCUGUGAAUGUUGGUAUGAGCUGGUAAACCUUAAGCCCAUUUGACUCGUCCAAUUACCUGCCAGAGGUGUCUUUCACUGUGUUUAAAAAUACAUUGCAUUCCAAACUGGUCCCCUCUGUGCAUUACUCUACUAAAAAUGUGUCUGGUAUGUUUGAGACUUAAGAGAGAAAAGAAAAGCUUCCUCUUAACUAGCACCCAAGUGGUACUGUGGCUUAACACACUAGGGGCCUUGUCCUGAGGCCGUAUACUGUUCUGGCCCUGUAUUUCUUUUGCAUCUCACUCUCAGCUUGUUUUCAGCAGCCAGUUAAACAUUAAUCUUGGGGCAGAUGCCAAACCAGAAGAAGAGGGAGGACUAAAACCUGCUCCCUAAUCAUCCUUGUUCUCACGCUUUAAUUAGGAGACAACAUGGAAUUCUCUUUCUCUUUUGGUGCUUGAGGGUUUAUGUCAAUGUUUGCUGGGCUUUUGGGUCUUUUUUUGGCUGGAAAAAAAAAAAAAGUUGCUGUUUUUGUAUUGCUUCCUGUAGCUCUUUACACACUGAAAGGAUGUGACCUGGGAUUAGUGUCGAUGACCAUAUUUUGCAGGAAAAAAGAUUACUCUUGGUAGGAUUCACCAGGAUUGCCUCAGAUCACAUUUUCAGUUUUCAGCAGUGAGAGCCAGUGACCUUCAUGCACCCCAGUCAGUUUCUGUGUCAUAUAUUUGUUAGACUCCAGAGCCCAAAAGAAAGGCAAGCUGUUCCCCCACCAACCUGGAAAUCCUCUUUACAGUUGUGUUGGACAUCACUACCCUCAUGACUAGCAUCACUGGGGGAAUCAUUUGAAACACUUUCCUCAAGAGGAUAGGUCAGCCUUGCCAGUGAAUGGUUUUGUUCCUUUAACAAUUCCAGUAUAUUUACUAGUCACUUUCAAACCUGGAAGCAUGACAAUAAUUAGAUUUCAUGGCUUCUUUUUAAGCAGGAAGCAGGGUGGGAUAGCCAGAAGGCCAGUGCCCAGGAUCAGCUCAGCCCCUGACCCCACCACUAGGUCACACAUUUGGCUUUGCUGAGCCUGGACUGCUCAGCAUCCUUUCUCCAGUGAUCGGGAUGAAUUAGAGCACCUUUAAAAACCCCACACACACUCUAAAUUCUGUAAUGUAUUGUAAUUGCAGAAGAUAACUUCGCAAGGUGAAACUGAAGUCAUUACAACUUUUCUACACAAAGAUUAUAGUCAUUUUUUUUUUCUCUAAAACCUUAGGCUUUUGUAUUUUUUAUUUUAGUUUCACUGUUAAUCCUUGAUUAUUGUCUUUUUUUAUUGAGAUGUUGAAGAAGCAGGAGGUAUUUGUUCCUGGUCUACUAUUGCAAAAAUGUAAUAAUAAACUUCCUGAAAAUAAGAUAUUUUCCUCAUAAUUACACUGUUUACACAUAAGAACACAUGUAGACUUUUUACUGAAAUAUAAUUUUAACUAUUUGUAGGGAAAUUGUUUUCAAAGAUUUUGAAUCUUAGCUCCAUAAUUUAUAGAGAUCUUAUUCUUAUAAUUUUUCUACUUCUUUGACAAGAGAAAAGUGAGUCAGAUUAUUUUUCCUCCAAGAUCAAAAAGAAUAAUCUUGAAACAGGAUUGUGACUUCACUUGGGGGUCCUGGGAACAAACGUCUAAGGACUUUGCAUUAUAAGCUAAGGGCUCCCAUUAGAAUGAUAGUCAUCUGGAUCAAUUGCUCUCGGUUACCUUCUGCACAUGGUGUUAGCAUGGACUGGGAGGGUAUGGUUUGAAGAUGUGACCACCUUUAGUCUCUUUAUGUUUAUUAAAAUACGUCUUUAAAAUUUUUUUUUGCUUAAUAUAUCACUAGGCAUUCAAAACCAACACUAAAUUUAUUUUUCAUUCCCCAAAACAUCACAGCAAAUGACUCUAGUCCUAAUUUUAUUUGAAGGUGGUUCAUUAUUUGUUAAUCACAGUUUUUAUUACCACAUAUCAAACAAAGCCUAGCAUUACGAGAACCAUCAAAAAUCGGUUUUGAAUGAAAGCCUCUGGAACACAUCUUCAAAGUUCGUAUGUAAUAGUAGCAUAUAUACAUGAAGACACACAUGUGCAUGUGUGUGUGUGUGAAUGAGAAGAACCAGGAAGCCCCAAGGAGGAGGACCUGGUGAUGACAUGGUCCAGAGACCCAGAGACCAGAGGAGCUCCAGGGAAUGGUGGAGUGGAGGUUCUGUCAUUGCAGGGAUUAUUGUUCCAGCCAUAAAACGAAGAGACCACUCACAUGAAACAUGAACGCCUUCCAGUCAUCAGCAUGGUUUGUGAUCAGAGCUCACUUGUGCUCAGAAUUCUGCCAUCACUGGGUCUUCUGCACAAUUGGGCAUCUCCUCUCUUUCCCAAAUAAGCAGGUUUCUAAAAAGAGGCAUGUAGAUAUUUGGUGCCAUUGCCUGUGUGUGGCUGGUGGGGGCUGAACUGACUACAGGUAGGAAAGACAGAAACCUCUCCAGAAAAAUGGCAGCCAUGAGCAUGCUCGCGCGCUCUCUCUCUCUCUCUCUCUCUCUCUCUCUCUCUCUCUCUCUCUCUCUCUCUCUCUCUCGACUGUCCACAUGGCUGUGGGCUGAGCUCUUUGAAUUUCAAUUUCUUCAUUUGUCAAAGUUGAACAGCAUACACAGAGACUUCCUCCUGUCCCAGGCGACUUCAAUAUAUAGACAGAUAUUUGCGGAGGUGCCUGCCAUCUUUGAGGGCUUCUGUGUUCAGCAUGGUGACAAUUGUAUUUCACCACGUCAUGAGCCACUGAGUCUUCCCCUCACUGUGAUCAGCACCUGCCUCAAGAAGAAAUGCAGUGAAGGUGGGUUUUCUUUUACUAUUUAAGAAGCAAAGAGAGGAAGUCCUUGCUUUAAAAAAAAAAAAAAACUUUCACAACAUGCAUGCAGCCCUUUCAGAUCUUUUGGUACCAUUCUCUCUGUGAGGUAUGUCAGAUGUGCUUAACAAGCUCACUCUGAAGUGAUUCCCUGAAAUUUAGGAAGCUUUGCUCUGAAGUAAAAGACAGUCUAUUUAAGGCUUAUUUUAUUUGCAUUCCAGACCCAGGGGGAGGUGAUCCUUAAAUAUGUGAUCCUUGUAUUUCCCUGAUGUGGCAUUUAGGAGAGUUUGCCCUGGCCCAAGAGUUGGCAGUAGGCCUGCAGCUUGGUGGACUAGAUGCCUGUGUACAGAUGGCACCCGAGGAGAGGAGUGACACAGCAUGGACUAGAAGGGGAUGGCAUUAGUGACCUUAGCCUCUGAAUCUUGUACUCCUUUUGUGAGGUGUUGCAUUGAACCUUGAAAAGAAAAGUGUUGAGUUUGCUGAGAAAAGAGCUCAUUUAGUUCAGUUCUACCAGUUCAAAAAGUAAAAACCACCAUGUGAACAGGCCUUGGUGGCAGAUGAGACUCUAGUUUGCCCUUGUGUUCAGAGAAAGGUAUGGUCUGAAUUUUGAGGUGGCGCAGAGCCCAAAGGGUGUGGAUUUACUAAUCCUGCUUCUGAGAUCCCACUUUUCAGGGUCUGUCUUGUAUGUUCUCUAGAAAGAGGUCUUGGAAACCUCUCACAGCUCCUCUCUCUCUCUCUCAUUCCCUGUAGAACUCUCUAAAAUGUGAAAGCCGGUUAUUCUUUUAGGGUUCAGGAUGGCAUACUGAAAUAGGUAGAUUCCAGUUCCAGACUGCAGUGUUGGUAUCUCUUCAGGUGAAAACUUACUUCAAACCACAAACAGGUUACUAAUUGCCUGAGGCAUCCUCUGUACCCCUUCUCUGCUCAGCUGUGUCUGAUGCUUCCCAGGAGAGCAGCUCCUUUGAAUAGACUCCUGUGCUGGUAGGUCUGCUGACUCUGAAGGCUGUGACCACACCUCCAAGCUGUGAGCCUGGAGGACCUGAGGGUGCUAAGAAUAGCUGUGCUUGCCAUGCAUGGGGCAUUGUUUAACCCACAUUUUGCUUUACUAGUCUCUUGGAGAACUGAACUUUUCUCAGCAUUUGAAUUCUCUAUUCAAAGGAUGCAAUCCCAAAACACAACAGGAGGAAGCAGCAUGUGACUGGAAAUAAGUUGAAAGCUCAUGAUAUUCAUUCUUAGGGAUUGGUGUCCACCUGUAGAGAGUGAUGGGAAGUGGGAUACAACUCAGAAAUAGACCAUGGCUCCUGCUCAGCAAAACAGACUACACACUGGGGCAAGGGCAUCUCUCUACUAAGGUGUGGUGUGGCUAAGAACAAGGUGAGAAUUGCUCUUGUAUUUAACCCUGACAUUCAGACAUUCAAACCUCUUAACAUGUCAUUGUGAGGCCCUUGCUUUGAGAGACCUUGAAGACUUUGCAUCUGGUCAAUUACACAUGUUCUAGGAGUUACACUGGCAAGUGGCUCUGCUGCUUGCUCCAUAGUAAAAGUGGAAAUUUAGCCUGAAAAUGAAGUGCUGUAUCUUUGAGCUGCUUAUACAAGAUAGUUUUUCUCUUCGGGUGGUUUUCUUUUUGAUACGUAUGUAACGCAAACCAAAGCGAAACACUAGAACAGCUACUCUGAGGUCCUGAUUAGCCUGAAUUUCCUUCUGGGGCGAGGACAGCCUGGUCUCAGGUGAGCAGGGCAGGCAAGGUGGGUGGUAGAAGGGCUCUGCCAUCCCUAGCCUGGUCCUGCCCCGUGACAAUAAGACCUAUUGUUCCAGCCUGUCAACUUGGGUACCCUUUUAUUAGCUAUGAAUUCACUUCACUUUGUUUUAAAAAGCUGAUGUACCUUGACUAUGAAGUCAAGGUAGAGUUUUCCUGACAGGUUUCAGAGUCCAGCCUUGCCCAGCAUUUGUCAGCCUGGGUUGUCUUGUACUCUGAAUCUCAUCUGUUAAAAUGUGACCGGAAGUACAGAUGAGGAAAUGUUUAUCUCCAGAGUCAAUCACACAGGCCAUCAAGAGCAUGACCCUCUCUGGGUAGGACAUAAAAAUGUCCUUCAGACCUGGUUCUAGUGUUUUCUGGUACCAGCUCCAAUCAGGAAGGAGGACAGUGAGAGGAGAGUUGCUAGGAAUGGCCAUAGUGCCUGGCCUGCUGGCCCCAUUGUUGCUGUCUAAAACUUCAUUCUCUACCCAGAAGUACAGUGAAAGCUGAUCUGAACCAUAUCCAGAGUCUAGGGACCAUCUAGGUGGCAUGCAGAUUGCUGGGUUCAGCACCAAAGGCAGUGCUAAACCUCCACCCCCAGAUUGUAGGGUCCCCUUCUCCUCUGACAGCUGGUUUCUGUGGUCCUCUGCCUCCUCAAAAAGGUCAAUACAAAUUAUGGGCAGAGGAAGCUCAGUCACCUAAGAAACUUGGAAAUGCACAUGUCAAAAGUCAAACCAGACUUGCAUCUGAAAAUCAGAUUAAUAAAGUCAUUUCUUUGCAGCUCUCCUACUCACCCAUGGUGUCUGGAUGAAGCUAUGAACAUUUUCCAUCUGGGUGGUCAGAACCUCUUGCCCACUUGAUAGUGUGUGUCUGCAGGACUCACCUGCAUCCUGCCGACACCUCAGGCCAUUGCUCCAAUCAAGCCUUCCUGCUAGGAGUCAACCUGUUAAGUCUUUUUUUUUUUUUUUAAAGAGAUGGGUCUCACUCUGUCACCCGAGUUAGAGUACAGUGGUGUCAUCAUAGCUCACUGUAACUUCAAACUCCUAGGCUCAAGUGUUCCUCCCACUUCAGCCCUCAGCCUCCCAGGUCAGGUAGGUAGGACUACAAGUGCACACAUACCACCAUGCCCAGCUAUUUUUUUUUUUUUUUUGUAGACACAGGGUCUCAACUAUGUUGCCUAGACCAGUCUUGAACUCCUGGGCUCAAGUAAUCCUCCCACCUUGGCCUCCCAAGUCACAAGGAUUACAGCUGUGGGCUACCAUGCUACCAUGCCUGCCUGGCCCUUAGAUGCUUUAACAAGCCUAUUUAUAAAAAAUUUUAAAUAGAUCUCUAUUGAGUCAGUCAGUCUUUAGAAUUUGAAAGAAUUGCCUUUGGACCUGUUAUGCAAAUUGGUUUAAAACCUUCAAAGUGUCCUUUUCCUGAUUGGCAAGCUAUUCUCUGUUGAUGCCAGUGUAACUAGGCAGAUUGCUCAGCCCCCUCUCAUUGCUACCGUCCUGAACUCACCCUUCCUGCACUUCAGCUUGUCCCAGCAUAGCACAGGAGCAGAGGCUGCUGAGGCAACUUAAGAUGACAUUUGGCUCUAGCACCUAAGCAUUCAGGACAGAAACAGAGCCUCAGGGGUCUGAAAUACUGAAAGGAAAUUGGGGCUUCAGCACAGACACUUACCACGGGACUGUCACUGCGGUGCCAGAGCCACCUGCAAUGGGGCCUAUUGUGCUGUGACCAGCCUCAGUUUAUGGAUACUGUGUACCAGGUUAAAAUACACAAUAAAAGUGUACAAAAUGUAUUUUAUAGCCAUGGUGGUUAGUUUAACAUGUUUUGUAUAUAUGAUUUUUAUAAAUCUUAUUAAAAUUGGCCUUAAAUUA